UUUAAAUCAUCAACUAAUUGUUCAAGAUUAGACUCGUUAAUUUAGUUACAUAUUAAAUUGUGUUAAGUGUUUGGUGGAUAAUAAUUAACUGUAUUAAUAUUGUUUCAGUUGGUGAAAAGAUGGAAACCAUGUUGGAACAAUUAAGAUUCUUAUUUCAAGCUCUUGUGAAUUAAUUGUUAUUUAUUGUUCUCCAUAGAAUUUCAAGGAAACAUGGUGAAUAUUUUUUCUAUUCUUUUCCACAACUCUAAUUUGGUUAAUUCUCUCUUAGAACUACUGAAAAGAAUUAAGAAAAAAAUGUCGUUUCUAAUUUAGAUGUAAUUGUGUAUUCCAAGAUUUUCUUUAAUCACCACUUAGUCACAAUAGAUAAUCUGUUUUUUAAUCUAAUCCACAAAGAUUAUUUUUAUUGGUGAUCAAAUUUCUGGUCUAAAAAUUAACAAUUGAUUAUUGAAUUUUCCUCUUAUCUCGUUAUUUUUAUUUGUUACCUGGAAAUAGAAAGUAUCUUUUAUCAAUCCUUCCUCAGAAGAAUCAAACAGAAGAACGAUUUUUUUUCCUUCUAUUGUAAAAUUUUCUCUUCAUAUUCUAUCUUUUUUUCCAUUGGUGUUUAAUUCUUGAAAAUUAUAACAAUGUCACAUGGACAUGGACAUUCUCACGGACAUUCUCAUGGUCACUCUCAUGGUGGUGUUGGUGGUGGUCAUUCACAUGGUGAAGGUGAAAAGUGUCAUGAAGACCAACCAAUUGCAUCAACUUCAACCGGUUUACAAUGUGAUCAACCACCACAUCCAAUUGAGACCCGUUGUUGUGUUGACUCAAUUUUAACCCGAAUAACAACCAAUUUUUCAUUGGAAAAUUUUUGGAGAGAAAAAUUUACUUUUGAUUUAGAUGCUUAUGGUGAUUAUACUCAUUUAAAAUUUCUCCUUAAAAAGUAUAUCAAAUCAAAAGAUACCAUUUGUAUACUUGGUGCCAACAAUGCUCCAAUUGGUGAUUGGUUAACUUUAAACGAAAUUAAUGAUAUCGUUAUUUGGGACAAAUCGACAACAUCCCUUGCACCUUCAAGCCGAAAGCAGAAGCAAAAAGUUAACCUUAAAGUGAUACCAAAAGAUGUUAUGGAAAUUGAAUCUCCCGAGCCAACAUGUUCCGUUCUUAUUGAUAGAACGGGUAUCGAUGAAAUUUAUUAUAACAAUUUUGAUAUGGGAAAAUCAUUGGAAAAAGCGCUAACCUUGGUGGGUGGACGUCUUGAGGUAGAAUCAAGGUUGUUGAAAAAUUUUGGUCGUCUAUUGUUUCUCACCCGAUUACCUGAUACUAUGCUUCAAUUUUUGGUUACUUGGUUUCGACAUGUUAGUGAAUUUGCUUGGAUUGUAAGAUUUCACCGGUUAGUUCGUGUUGAAGAAUCUUACCAGAAAGAGAAAGGGUCAACUCACUUGGUACUUCCCGUUUUCGCUGUGGUUGCAAUUAAAUUACCAUCAGCUAAAGAUAAACUACUUGUUGAAACAACUUUCACUUUAACCGAGAAGAUAAUUGAACCUGUUAGAUUUACAUAUGAAGAUUGUUUAAUUGAAAUUUUCGAGGCGGUGGACAGUUUACAUCGGUUAAUGACACUUUCUUCUUACUUGAGAAAUCAAACUAUUAAUGAUGGUGAAAUUUUGGUCGAAGUUUUUUCAGCCGGUAAUCGGGAUUUUCCUCGUUAUUAUAUUUACAUUUGUGAUGCACCUGAGGUUAGGAUACCUCAAGAUUUUGCAAUUUUCAUUGUACCUGAAGGUCGGGAAACUGAGUGGCUUUUUGGUACACCGGAAGGUCGUCGGCAAUUAUGUGAUAAUUCAAGGUGUUUCCGGUUAGCUGUUUGUCAUUUAUCUCGACAUCAUAUUUAUCCUGGUGGAAUUGAAAGGAUUAAGGCUGAGCUUGGUGCUAUUUGCCUUUACUUUCCUCAAGAACGGGUUGUUCAAUCAUUGAAAGAUAAAAAAAUACCUUUUUUAACUGUUAAUGAAGAAACUGGUCAGCGUCAAUUAAUGUCCACUGGUCAUAGUUCAAUUAGUGGUGAUUAUCUAAUCGAAGAUGUAACCAUAAACAAUGAAUGGUACCGUCGAUUAGUUUUCUUAUCAUCACAAAAUUUAAUCCAAUCAGAGGCUAAAUUGCGACAUGUUCGUGAUCAAACGUGGGUCAUUGAUAACAGUUAUUUAUCUUGUAAACAUCAUCAUGCAAUGUUACUUGGAAUCGCAUGUUACCAUGAAUUAACCGAGAACCCGUCCGAUUGUCAACAUAAUAUGAUUUUAAUCGGAUUGGGCGGUGGAUGUUUUGUUAAUUACCUUUUGUAUAACCUUCGACUUCCUGGUUCAACUGAAUUAGAAGUGGUUGAUAUUGAUUCAGCCACUGAACGUAUAUCACGAGAAUGGUUUAAUUUGUUCCUGGACGAUGAAAAAAAUUAUUUUCCAACGAAACUGAUUAUAGCCGAUGGACUGGACGUGAUCCGAAGUCUCGCUGAAUCACAAUUAAAGGUUUACUCAGUUAUCAUGCUCGAUGUAAAUAGUGAUAAUCAACUUUCUGGUCUAAGUUGUCCACCUGAACCUUUUGUCGACGAUGAAUUUGUCGAACAAGUAGUAAAAUUGAUGAAUCCAAAGUCUUCCAUAUUUAUGAUCAAUGUGGUCACUCGAAGUAAAGAUCGACGGAUUCAAGUUGAACAAGUUUUGCUUAAAUAUUUUACAUUCGUUUAUAGUUUUAAGGUUAAUGGUGAUGUCAACAUAGUCUAUUGGUGCUUUGUAUCAGUUAAACCCGCGAAUCUAGUUGUUCGUGAACUAUUUGGUCCAAAAGCAGCUAAAAUGGCCUUUGAUUAUUUAAGUAAAGUUUUACGAACAUCGAACAUAAUUGAUUCAUUGAUUGAUCGAUCAACAAUUGAUCAUUGCGUCUACAAAGUGAGAUUAGAAAAUGUUCAAUUCCUUCACAUCGAGUUGGAAACAUACAAUCAGGUUGUCGGUAAAGUUGAUGGUCAAUUAUUUGAAAAAAAGAUGAAUUUCUUUCAAAAAUUGGUUCACUAUGUCCUACAAUCUAUUGCUGCUUUCUAUGGAUCUUUUUUCCAUCCAACCAAAAAAGGAAUGAUUCCUGAUAUUACUGAUCCAAUUUUAUUAUUAACUGCAAGUGAAAUUAGUGAAAAAAUUAGACAAGGUAAACUGAAGGCAAAAGCUGUUGUUGAAGCUUAUUUCAAAAGGAUUGAGAUUGUUAACCCGUUAAUCAAUUCCAUUAUUGAACUUCGUAAGGAAGCUUUUGAAGAUGCUGUUAAAAUUGACCAGAGAGUUGAAAAGGAAUUGAAUGAAGGUAUUAUCGGUGAGGAUGGUCGUUCAAUUAAAGAUUUUCCACUUCUCGGUGUACCAUUUACUUGUAAAGACUCAGUAAUGAUUGAAGGUAUGCAUUUGGUUGUUGGUUUAACUGAAAGAAAAGGAAUAAUCUCCCUUGAAGAUGCUCCAGUAAUUGCCAAUCUCCGACAUUCGGGGGCAAUACCAUUGGCCUUGUGUAAUGUGCCCGAACUUUUGAUGUGGUGGGACGCUCACAAUCAGGUCUAUGGACGAACCAACAAUCCUUACGAUUUAUCUCGAAUACCUGGAGGUUCGGGAGGAGGUGAUGCUUCCUCUUUAGCUUCGGGUGCAUCAAUCAUCGCAGUUGCCUCAGACAUUGGUGGUUCUAAUCGUAUACCCGCUUUCCAUUGUGGUGUCUUUGGUCAUAAAACAACCGCUGGUAUUAUCUCUUAUAAGGGAAAAUAUCCACCAAUCACCCUAGAGAAAGAAUCUCUUUUCUCAUUUGGUCCAAUGACUCGGUAUGCAAGUGACCUGAUUCCAAUGUUAAAAUCAAUGGCUGGUAAAGAUAUUGUAAAUCUACCCAAAAUCGAUGAGCCUGUUGAACUUUCCCGAUUACGAGUAUUUUACAUGGAAGGUGCUGAUCCUCCAAUGGCUAGUCCACUUAAUCCCGAGAUGAGAAAUGCUCUUAAAAAAGUGGUCAAACAUUUGGAGGAAACUUAUUCCAUUGAAUGUACCAAAGUUAAUUUCAAGAAAUUUAAUUACACCAUGUCCAUGUUUAAAGCUUGUCUCAUGCAAACCAAACCAGUACCAUUUACCAUUGAGAUGACCAAUCGUAAAUCAGUUCUCAAUCCUUUCUGGGAGCUGAUUAAAUAUCUCUUUAAAUAUUCAACUCACUCAUUGGCUGCUAUCAUUGUUGCCAUUAGUGAAAAGAUUACACCCAAAUUGGACACACCAAUUCAACAGGGUAACUUGGCCGUAGCGGAAUCAUUGAAAAAAGAAUUCAUCUCAACCUUGGGUGAUGAUGGAAUCUUUUUAUUCCCUUCUUUCCCUGAACCAGCCACCAAACAUGGAACCACAAUCCUUAAAGUAGCCAAUGUUUGCUAUAUGUCCAUUUUCAAUGUUCUUGGUGUUCCUGUAACCGCCUGUCCCAUGGGAUUAAGCUCAGAGGGUCUUCCAUUAGGUAUUCAAGUUGCCGCUGCCCCUUACAAUGACCAUUACACUAUUGCAAUGGCAAAUGAGAUUGAAAAAACUUUCGGAGGUUGGAUUCCACCCUGUAAGGUUACCUGUUGAAUCUUAAUGCAAUUUUAAGAUGGCAAUUAAAUUGAUCUACAUAAUCAGCGCCUCAAUCAACAUUCUAUCAAAAUCUAAUUGAGAUUUAAUUAUCUUCCUCUGCACACACAAACAUGCACACAUCUAAUCAACCGUUCACUCACUUUCCAAAUCUCAGCUAAAAAAAAUCAAUCGACCAUUUGAUUUGAUUAAUCAAUGUUAUCGUCAUUUUUGCGUUUUAAUUGUUGUUAUUAUUUACCAAAAAUUUUUCCAACAUUUAAUCAACAAUCUGGAGCUACAUUCAACACCAUCAUCGCAAUAUCGUUUAACAAUAUAUAUCAAAUUUUAUUCAAUUCCAACAGAAGAUUAUAUUGAUCAAAUUUUCUCCUCCACUUUAAUUUCAAUCAUUUCCUCAUCAUAAUUUAAUUGUAACUUAAAUGUAUUUAAAUUGGUGAAUCUGUUUUAUUUUUUUCUCAUCUUCUUAUUACAUUAAUCAUCGUCAUCUGAUAAUCAUCACUAACAAAUUCACUUUAAUGAAUCUUAAUCAUCUAAACACCUCAACAUGUAACUAUUAAUAUUAAUAUAUUAAUGUGAGCAAAAUCUCAACAAAAAAAAAUAUAAAUCUAUUUAUAAUCAUAA